AUGAAUAAAAGCUCUCAAGAUGAUAAUAUGAAUUCAAAUUAGAAAUAUAAUGCUACAUCUAUUUCAGAUCUUAAACGGAUAUUUGAAGAAAAAGCUAAAAAGAAUAUUGAGGAGAAAAGGAAAAUUCUUGAAGAAGUGAAUGCUAAGAAGCAAAAUCGACCAUCUCUUGAAUCUGAGACCCCUAGAAGUAACAUUUAAAGCGAUUUUUAGAUAUUUGAAAAAGAUGAAUGUCCACCUUUGUAGAAUAAUUUUUUCAUCAAAAAUGACAAGCAGAAAUAAUCAUAGGCUAAAACCUUGGAUAAUGAGCCUAAAAUAUUGACUAAAACUAUUGAAAAAUAAUCUGAAAAGCAUGUUAAAUUUGGAUUUUACUAAAAUUAAUAGUAAAACUAAAAUCAAGGGACAUAAAACUUAGCUAAAACUUAUUAGCAAGCCAUUACUACAAACUAUAAUAAAUAAAAUACAGAGCCUAUUCGUCAUUUAUCAUUUAAAGAUGAUAGUGGCAAGAAAUCAGAAAAUUCAAGUUUUAUCAUUUAAAAAGAGAGCAAAAAUGGCUUUAAUUACAUUAAAGAGAAUCACUAGAACUAGUUGAAUUAGUUUGAACUUAUAAGAUAAUAAUUAAUUCAAUCUGAAGAGAGAAGUUAAGAGUAGAAGAAAUAACACGAUAAUAAUAACAUGAGUAGUUAGCCUUAAAGUGAAAAGUUUGAGGAUGUGGAGUUAGAUACAUCAAUAUCUUAGUUUACAUUAGAGAUUAAUAAUCAUAUAGAAAGUAACAAGGAAAAUACUUUAGUCUAUGGUCAGUCAUCAAGAAUAAAUGAAUUAAAAUCUGAAAAUCUAUAAAUUGAGAAGCUUACAUUAAAUUCUCUUGAUCUUAAAAUGAACAGGAAUAUUGUGCAUGACUAAAAAUGUAUUAUUCCAUAAGAAGAAUAGGAGAUGAAGAUAUUUUUAAAUGAAAGAGUAAGUAAGGAUUAAAUCGUUGAUGAUGAUAAGAAGAAGUAGGUAUUAAUAAAUAAGUACAAAUAAAAAGAAGCUAACGUUCUUAAGAAAAUAAAUUUCAAUAUCCUGUUCGAUAAAUAUACAAGAGUUUUCCAGCAACCUUUAUCAAAGGUUAAAUGA